CACCGACCGCGGCGGCAGCAGCAGCAGCAGCAGCAGCAGCGAGAGGCAGAGGCGGCGGCGGCGGGGAGAGCACGGCCAAGGCUGCCCAGCGGUGCCUCCUCCACACCCCCCGCCGCAGCAGCACCGGCGACAGAUUUUUUAAAAAAUGGAUUUGGCCAACCAUGGACUUAUUCUCCUGCAACAGUUAAACGCUCAGCGAGAGUUUGGUUUCCUGUGUGACUGCACGGUUGCCAUCGGCGAUGUGUACUUCAAGGCACACAAAUCAGUUCUUGCUUCAUUCUCCAAUUACUUUAAGAUGUUGUUUGUCCAUCAGACCAGUGAGUGUGUCCGUUUGAAGCCUACUGACAUCCAGCCCGACAUUUUCAGCUAUCUCCUCCAUCUGAUGUACACUGGGAAGAUGGCACCCCAACUGAUUGAUCCGGUUCGAUUGGAGCAGGGGAUCAAGUUUCUGCAUGCCUACCCGCUCAUCCAGGAGGCCAGCCUGGCCAGCCAAGGGAGUGAAGACUGUCGCCACGUCCUGCCCCGCCGUCCACCGCACACGGUGGGGCGUCGCCCCAGGACCUUGCUGCUCCUAUCUGAUAAACCAUUGAUGUCUCUGUUCCUGACUCCAGGCUCUUUCUUUGGUCAAGCACAGGUCUUGCAGGCCCGCGUGGUGCAGCCCAACAGGUGCCCUUCGCCUUCUAGUUUAUAA